CCUGACGCAGGUAAUUUUACAUGCAAGACUUUAGAGGAUUUAUCAAAGUUGUCAAAAUAGCUGGCAAUCAAUUUUCUUUCAAUUGACUAAAUGAUCAAUUACUGCAGUUCAAGAUUAUUUAUGAUUGAAACCGGGCCAAUAAAUGUCAUAAUCUGAAAGACAAGGCCAUUUGGCCUUCAACUUCAUACAUUUUCAGAGGGAACAAAGAUAAUGCAGCAGUCCGCAGCAGUCUUUUCACGAAAUAAAAUAAAACAUUAAUGCAGCAGCUGGAUCUUGUAAAUAAAACAAGUCAAACACAGGGUGUUAGUGCCCUCUAAGCAGGUUUGACGUUCACUGGGGGCAGUAGUGAGCAAAUAGCUAGCUGGCGCAUUGGAAUAAGGAGGACAAGACACCGAAAUACACUUGGAAAAGCCACAUGAAGUCAGUGGUGAGACUACAGUGAGAGCAGUGCACUCUGGGAAAUACACCAGUCUUGUAGGUCAGGAGAGAAACAUGCAAUCGAUAUUUGUGAGAAAUGGUUCAGAGACUCCAGAGCCGGUGAAAGCUCAAGUGACAGGCUCCCUCCCAUCCUGGCUGCAGGGCACUCUGCUGAGGAAUGGACCCGGGCUUUUCUCUGUGGGCAGCUCAGAAUUCAACCACUGGUUUGACGGCAUGUCACUCAUCCACAGCUUCACCUUCAGUAAUGGUGAGGUCACUUACAGAAGUAAAUUUCUGAAGAGCAACACCUACAACAGAAACACUGAGGGCAACAGGAUCGUGGUCUCCGAGUUCGGAACCCUGAUCUACCCAGACCCCUGUGAGAACAUCUUCUCCAGAGCAUUCACGCACCUCUGCAACGCCAUCCCCGACUUCACUGACAACAACCUGAUCAAUAUCAUUCGUUAUGGUCGGGACUACUAUGCCUCCUCCGAGAUCAACUACAUCAACCAAAUUGACCCUGCAACCCUGGAAACUGUUAGCAGGAUAAACUACAGGAACUACAUCACUCUAGACCUGGCGACAUCGCACCCUCACUAUGAUGAUGAGGGCAACACCUACAACAUGGGUACCACCAUCAUGGGCUUGGGUCGACCUAAAUACGUCAUCUUCAAAGUCCCAGCUUAUGCCUCAGAUAAAGAGCAUAAAAAGCCGGCGCUGAGGAAGGUGCAGCAGAUCUGUUCAAUUCCUUUUCGAUCCACACUCUUCCCAAGCUACUUCCACAGCUUCGGCAUGACCGACAACUACUUUGUGUUUGUGGAGCAGCCCUUCAAACUGGACGUCGUCAAACUAGCCACUGCCUAUUUCAGAGGGGUCUGCUGGAGCAAGUGCCUCAUAUUUGACAAGGAUGACGUUACCUUUUUUCACAUUAUCAACAGAAAGACAGGAAAGGCGAACUCCACGCGUUUCUACGGUGAUGCCCUGGUGGUUUUCCAUCACAUCAAUGCCUAUGAGGCCAAUGACCACGUAGUGUUCGACCUGAUAAGCUACAAGGACAGCAGCCUCUAUGACAUGUUCUACAUUCACAACCUGAAACAAGAAACCAGCAGUUUCAUCCAGUCCAACAGGAACUUCUGCCUGCCAGUUUGCCAAAGAUUCGUCCUGCCGCUCAACAUCCACAAGGAAUCUCCCAGAGGAACCAACCUGGUGACCCUGAUGGACACAACGGCCCAGGCAGUGAUACAGGAGGAUGGAUCUGUCUAUUGCCAGCCUGACACUCUGUUUGAAGGACUGGAGCUGCCAGCAAUCAACUACAACUUCAACUCUAAAAAGUACAGAUACUUCUAUGGGUCCAGGAUGGAGUUGUCUCCUCUUCUCCUCAACAAGAUUGCCAAGUUCGACAUUGUCACCAGAAAACACAUCGAGUGGAAGGAAGAAAACUGUUACUCUUCAGAACCAGUCUUUGUUGCAUCUCCAGGAGGCGUCGAGGAAGACGAUGGAAUCAUCUUGUCCUCUGUUAUUUCUGCGGAUCCAAACACUUCUCCCUUCAUGCUCGUCCUCGACGCCAAAACCUUGGAGGAAAUCGCUCGCGCCUCCAUCCCCACCAGCGUCCACAUAGACCUUCACGGACUCUUCAUCCCUGCCACCGUUUGACAGCCAACACAGCUGCUGCUUUAAUUUAUUCUUUUUAUUAAUUCUUAUUUGAUAGUCUUUUUCACAUUUAUGAAAAAAGACUUUGAAAAUUAACAUGUGAAGGCACUUGUCACUUUUUUUUAACUCUAUAUUUUUGUAUUGUUUUUCUGCACUUUAAAAGACUGAACUGUGUAAAUAUUUAAUACUAAAGAUGCACUUACAGCCAGAGUUCCCUUACAUUAGCCGAGUCCUUUCCUACAGCAGAGGAUUAGGGCCACUGUAAAAUACGAGUUUGACCCCCCCCCCGGCUUUAAAAAGGUAAAUUCAGAAAUUAAACUCUGACCUCAGUUUUUUUUUUCAAUUAUCAAGGUUUGUUUGCACAUAAUGUACCAAUUAAAAAGCCUAAUUUAUAAUAGUUAUGUCAUUGUUAUGCACUGAAACUGACCAAACAUCAUCAGUCAAUGAAGUAAUCAUUUUCUUCUAGGCAGUAAUUAUUAAUCCUGAAGAAUUUGAUUAAAAACUCUGAAUUUUGUCAUAUCAUGUGUACAUGAGUAACUAAUUUUAACAAAUAUGUUUAUAUUGGCGGCCACAGUCCUCCAUACCGCACUGAUUCAAAUCUUAGUACUUAACCAUUUUGUGUUAGAGGUCGUUUUGCUGCGGGCGUGCACCGGUCUGAACUGAAAACUCAACUAGGAGGUUUCAUCAGAAUCAUGGGAAUUUAUUACAUCAGCAGUUGCAGCAAAAACAGUUUAAAAUCUUCCACAACACUGUUGUCGUUCAAACCCCCACCCAGCCCUCCAACAUGGCCGACAAACCACACAGCAAAGCCGCUAACGCUGAGUCGGCUCUAUUAAGUCUGUAAAGUCGACACCGCCGCUACAGUGAUUUGGUGUUUAGUGAAAAGAAAAAACCAUUUUCCUCCUUCAGCCCUGGUGCCACCCAAUACAAUCCCAGAACACACCUGGUUGGCCGAACACUGGCUCUGCCGACUCGUCGGCCUCGUUAAGCUCGUUAGCCUCAGU